AUGGCUACCGCCCUCCAGACACAAUGCCCCUGGAAUCCCACCAUCCCGCCAUUACAACCAGCCGGGAACUGCAUCCUACCCGUAGACGACGGCACCCCCACGCUUCUGAAGUCGAGUAGAGGACUGCCUUGGACCCAUCCGCCGUCCUGCAUCAUUCCCAACACCGCCGAGUCCACCGGAAAGUUCUGCGUCUACUCCUCCUCCGCUUUCAACGACGGCAGCGGUAUCACCAUCAUCACAGACCCGGAAACGGCCGCCGGCGUUGCAGACACCGUUCAAGACCCCCUGCCGGCAUGGCACUCCCGUCAUCAUCUUGCGCGGCGUGGUCGUUUGGCCACCGAAGCUGUUGACCUACCGUAUACGGUGACCCCAAUCCCAGGAAAAGGGUUGGGGGUCAUCGCCACCAAACGCAUUAAACGUUUCGACACCAUCCUGAGAAGCUACCCGGCUAUGAUUGCCGAUAACGAGUUUCUUUCUCUUGGAAAAAAGUCAGUGGGCGGGCUUCCUGACGGGCCUCGGUUGUUUCAGAAAGCACUCGACCAGCUGCCGGACAAGGAGCGCUUCCUCACCAUGGCCAGGAGCGAGGAGGAGCACGUUCAUGCUGUCGAGGAUGUCAUCAAAACCAACGCUUUUGGGAUCAUUGUUGACGGUCGAGAUAUGAAGGGCGUCUAUCCGGAGAUUGCGUACACGGGACCGAAGCUGGAUGCUGACCGGUUUAGUGCAUACAGCAAAUUCACCAAGAAGGACCUCGCCAUGUCGGCCAUAGCAACAAGAGAUAUUGAGCCCGGCGAGGAAAUCACCGUGAGCUGUAUGCCAACCGCCCACCGAACCCGAGCCCUCAGAAACUGGGGCUUCAACUGCACCUGCAACCUAUGCUCAGCAUCCCCCGAGGCCCGAACAGCGUCAGACGAGCGGCGGGAACGCCUCGCCGAAGUCUUUCACACCAUGCAGCACGGAUCGGUCAGCUACAACACGCUGGUGAAAUUGACGCAGGAGCUGGUUGAUCUGGCACAGGUUGAGGGGCUGCUGGCGAAGGUCGGGGAGUACUAUCAGGCGUUUAUACGCAUUUAUUACGAGGCCGGUGAUCCCGAGACGGCGAGGAAGUAUGGGCGGGCGUCGCUCAAGUUGGCUGAGAUCUUUUCCGACCCUGAGGGUGUGCUCUGUACGGGGUUGAAGGGGGAUUUGGAGCAGCUGGAUAGGCUGAUACAGGCGGGGGUGGCGUAG